AUGCGAUCGUUCCACCAUCCCUCGUCCACCAUCCCAACUCUGCUACUCCUCUUGCCAUGCCUUACGACCGCGAUCUCUAUAGACUGCAAGAAUAUUCUUGUGGACAAAUUCAAAUAUGAUUUCUCGCCGCUAGACGGUCCCCAUUCGGUCUCUACAGUGAAGGAGAAUGGCCCGAGGAUAAGGAACACCACAUUCACCAUCAAUCCUUGUCGCCGAUUACAAAAAACUAAAGGUGUCCCUAAAGAAGAAGACUGCCAGAAUGGUUCACACGUAUGCGCUAUCACGCGACUCACAAACAAGAUCGAAGAGAUAGAAGACAAGAUAGAGGAUACUGUCUCAAUUGCAGGAGAGUUCAGCACUUCGACGGGAGGAUCUCUGGAUCCGAAAUGGACGCGCCUCAAAACCUCGUCAUCCACGGCUGAUAGAGAAAAGGAUGGUCUGCGGUUAGAAAUGCACGGUGGAAAGGACGACGAUGGGAAGAAGCAGAAAGCAAUCGUUGAGUUCAUCUGUAGAGCUGACUCGGGUAAUGAUGACCGACGACGGCAUUCCACGAUUUCCACCACUAAGGAUGAAGACGAUGAUGAAGAUGAUAAGGAUGGAGAUGAAAAAGACGACGACAAGGGCGGAGAUAAAAGCGGAGAGAUAGCAGACGAUGAAAAUGGUGGCAAACUGAAAUACGUUAGCUGGGAAGAUGAGGGCAAGUAUAAGGUGCUCAGACUAGAGUGGAACACGAAGUACGCAUGUGAGGACGCGAAGACUGGAAGCAGUAACUCUACUUCUAGCCACUGGGGCUUCUUUACAUGGUUCAUCAUUGUUGUGUUCUUAGGGAUUGCGGCGUACCUCAUCUUUGGUUCAUGGCUUAAUUACAACCGGUACUCAGCUCGAGGAUGGGACCUUCUACCACACUCAGACACGAUUCGCGAUAUUCCAUAUCUCUUCAAAGACUUGAUCCGAAGAAUUAUGGACACAUUCCAAGGGACGCACACACGACAUGGUUACAGCGCUGUUUAA